CUAUGGCUGCCUUCGUACGAGCAACGUCUUGCCGGCGAGCAGUCAUGAGCCAGUACAUGGACGGCGUCCCAGUGUGCUGCAGAGAGCUGCAGGGCAGAGCUACAGCAGGAGGUGAAGAAGUAGCAAGCUGUGACAACUGCGAGCGCCGUACGGCUGAGGAGCAGGAGCAGGAGCAGCAGCAGCAGCAGCAGCCCGGCAGCGGGCAGGCAGCGUGGCAGGAGGCCACCCAGCUGCAGGCUGUGCAGGAGCAGCUGGUUUGCGCAAAGCUAACAGAGCUCGCCCAGUCUACCUGCCCGUACUGCUGGGCCAUCCUGCACGAAGUGUUUGACGGCGAGAGGAGGAGCAGCGUACGGGAGGCAGAGGAGCAGGAGAUGUGGCACAGCAUCUGGCAGUGCCCGCGGCUCAACGGGGCGCAGAGCGUACGGGAGAUGGAUGAGGUCCGCAGGUGGGUGCGCUACCGUACAGAGGACAAGAUGUGCUGGAAGUGCGGCGUCACGCAGGAGCUGUGUGAAAAGGGAAGGGGAAAGGAGAUAGAGAGCAAGCAAGGAGGGGAGUGCCUGUGGGCUAACGUGGUUGUGCCUGUGCUGUACGGGUUGCGGGAGGCUGGCAGAGCCAAGGCGCAGAUAGAAGGCAGCGAGGCGUGCCGUACGACAACCGUGCUUGGCCGGGCAGGGUACAGGGAGGGGAGGGAGGAGAGAAGCAGUAGGAGCAGCCACAGCAAUAGUAACAGCAACAACAACGGCAACAGCAACGGCAACAGCAACGGCAACAGCAACGGCAACAGCUACAGCCGCACAAGGGCAUUUGGAAGCUGGAUUGGAGCUAGCUGUGCAGGAGGGAGAGUAUUAGGAAGAAGAGCAAGUAAAGGCUUUCAGGUAGUUGUAGAGGCAGUACUUAAGGAGGAGGAGAAGGAAGAAGAAGAGAAGAGUAAAGAAAAGGCAGAGUAAGAGGUAAGUAUAUAUAGUAAUAUUAAGUUAGUACUAAAGUAUUAUAUUAAAGAAGAAGUAAGAGAAGGGA